AUGUCGGAAAACCUCAACCUCACAGUCGAAUUCAGCGGCGGCCUGGAGAUGCUCUUUGACAAUAUCACUAAACACUCAGUAUCAUUGUCGAAAAAUGCGGACAGCGGUAACGCAGCCACAGUGGGCUUCCUAGUGCGCUACAUAUGCGAUCAUCUCAUGAAAGAUUCGCGGAAGGAACUAUUCGUCCUCGAUGGCGCAGUGCGUCCGGGCAUCCUUGUCCUAAUCAACGACUCCGACUGGGAACUCGAGGGUGAAGAGAAAUACGAGCUCGCCAACAAUGAUAAUAUUCUCUUCGUGUCUACACUGCAUGGCGGCUGA